UGGAAGCAUCAACAACGAGAAGAUGGCGGCGCGCAAAGAGGAGGAAAACAGUUAAUGUUUCCACUUUGUCACACCAUGCGCACUCAAAACAGGUCGUAAGUGAGAUGUCAGGUCGUGGGCGUGGCCGGCGGGGCGCGCCGUCCUGUACGGCGGUCGUCAACAGAAGCGAACCUCUCCCGCCGUCUGUCCAGCUGCCCAGCCCGCUGUUUCCUGCGAUGGAGCACAAUCCCCUCCCCCUGGUAUGCAGCGAGGAGGCCGAGUACCUUUUGGCGCUCAAGCAGGAGUUCCGAGGCGCCAUGAAGACGAGACCGGGUUUCAUCCAGCCGCACACUGCUCAAAGGUCAAACGCAGAUGUGGAAAGAUAUUCGGACAAAUAUCACAACAGCAGUGAGCAGAUGGACGCUCUGACCGACUGGAUCCCAGACUGGAAGCGAUUCCCAAAAGAAAUACGACUGUGUGUCAGAAGAACUCUAAAAAAAGGUGCGUCCACGGUGGUGGUGGGGUCAAAGAGAGGUCAGGCUGAUGAGCAGAAAAAAACAGUGAAAGAGAAAAAGGAAGUACUCCUCAAACUGGAGACGCUGGCGGGCGAGGAGCAGCGGAGCUCCGAGGACGAAGACGACGAUCAGGCGAAAAAGAAGGACGAGGAGCAGCAGGAGGUGGACGAGGAGUACGACGAGGAAGAGCUGGAGGAGGAGACCGAUUACAUCAUGUCCUACUUCGACAACGGCGAAGACUUUGGCGCAGAAAGCGACGACAACAUGGACGAAGCCGUUUACUGAAACCUUUGGGACCUUUCCAUGGCAGCGCACAGGCGACCACCAUUUUAAAAAAAGGUUUUAUUCCUUGUCAAGCGUUCAUGUAAAAUGUUCACUGACAGUAAAGUGUCCAACACGAAA